AUGAUGCAAGCCUCCCAGUUCCGAGCACUGCGCCGCGCACCGUCGACCAUUUCUACGCACCCUCUACCGAGGACGCUGGCUCGUGCUUUUUCGUCGCAGGGCGACGCAAGUGUGGAGGUCAGUGAGCAACAGAUGCUGCGUGCACUCGACAAGUUUCAGAAGGACGCGGCUGGCAAUACGGUGCCCUGGUUCCUCGAAAACAUGCCACCAUCGUACUUUCGCUCCAUCCACGAAGAGGACCGCUUGCAACACCUCAACGCUAUUACAGCGCUCAUGGGCGCGGAGCAGCCGGAAGUAAUGCUGCGCUCACCGGACGAAAAGAUCUUUUCGCACUUUCGCUCGGGUGCCAACUUCCCCGGACGCCUGGCCAACGUGCUUGAGCAACUUCCUCAGACGGUGGAUGGCGCCCCGCUUGCCCGUGUCAAGAUCUUCACUGCUCUGGACGACUCGCUCGGCCUCGACAUCUUCCGCUACGGACAGCAAGAGCCCUUUUUAAACAAGACCGAUGGUGAGAAGCAGGCCCGUGCCAAGAUUCAGCAGUUUUGCGCCGAUAUCCAGGCCGGCAAAUACGCCGGUGACGCCAGCUACCCAUUGGCGGGCCCUCACUUUGAGCCGGAGGUUGUUGAUGCCUACCUCAACAAUAGCAAUACUAUGUACGUGCAGUUCAGCCACCCACGCCGUCUCGCCAAGCAGCUUGAGCUGUUUCAGCGCGUGCGUGGCACCGAAAGUGUUGCCGUGGACGUUGAACACAAGUGGGAGACCCGUAGCGAAGAGAACAAGUUUGUCUCGAGCGGUGCCCAGCAGACUAUGCUGACCAUUGCGGCUUCGAACGUCAUCCCCAAGAGUUUCAUGCAAAAGGCCGCCACGUACCUUGGUCUGUGCAACCUCAAUGUGGUUCGCGCACAUCUGGAUGUGACCAAGGAUCCGGAGAGCAACAACGGUGACGGUCACGUGGCCAUGGUUCGUAUCCUGGUGCAACCCAGCAAGAAGGCUCUGAAAGAUAACUUCGAGUUCGAGUGGUUCAAGAUUUCGGGCAACCUCAAGUUUCUCAAAUGGGUCGAUGACCGAUCUGUUCACCUCACGCUGCAACACCCCGACCUUGGUAUCUCGCGUGCCGAGCUCAUCUAUGCCUACGGCAAUAUGUUGCACGGUGUCCUGGCAAAAAAGGACCCGUUUGCGUACUCGCUCGCGCGCAUCAUGGAGACGUUGGAGCACGAGCAGCACCUACCCUUCGCUUCGCGUAUUUCGGACUUUUUCCUGAGGAAGUUCGACCCGCAGCAGGAGAAGCUCACGGACGUUGAGCAAGAUGCUAUCGUUGAUGAGAUGAAGGCGGACAUUCGCCGCAACGUUGAGCAAGAGGAAGCUAUCGCGCUGCUGAACAGCAUGGCGGAUGCCGUCCGUGGUACGCUGCGCACCAACAAGUUUGUGCGUGAGCGCUACGCUCUGUCCCUCCGUAUGGACCCUAAGGUCAUGGGUUACGGUACGGUAGGCAAGGACACGCCGUUCGGUGUCUUUUUCAUCUACGGCCGUCGUUUCAAGGGCUUCCACGUGCGGUUCCGCGACAUUGCUCGUGGUGGUCUUCGCAUGGUGUACCCCAGCUCCACCGACGCCCACGCGCUCGAGAGUGCUCGUCAGUACAACGAGGCCUACAACCUUGCCUUCGCUCAGCAGCUCAAGAACAAGGACAUCCCGGAGGGUGGCUCCAAGGCUGUCGUGCUCUGCGACCCUAUCGUUGGACCUGUCGGCGACAUUGCUCCGCGUGACUUCAUUAUCCGCAAGAGUGUUAAGGCGUUCUCGGAUGCCCUGCUCGACCUGAAUACGACGGACGAGGCUGUGAAGGAGAAGAUUGUUGACUACUAUGGUAAGGACGAGCUCAUUUAUUUAGGUCCAGAUGAAAACAUCAUCCCGGAGGACAUUGUAUGGAUGACGAACCGUGCUGGUUAUCGCGGUUACCCGGUCCCGCGCGCCUUCAUCAGCUCCAAGCCUGACGCUGGCUUCAACCACAAGGUGUACGGUGUUACCAGUGAGGGUGUAGCCGUCUUCGCUGAUGUUGCUCUGCGCUCGCAGAACAUUGAUCCGACCAAGCAGCCUUUUACUGUAAAGAUCACCGGUGGCACCGAUGGCGAUGUGGCCGGUAACGUCAUCAAAAUCCUGCACCGUGAGUACGGCAACAAUGUGCGUAUCGUCGGCAUUUGCGACGGCACGGGUGUUGUCGAGGACCCUCAGGGCAUUGAUAUGGACGAGCUGCUGCGUCUUGUAAACGAGUCGCUGCCUUUGUCAAGUUUUGACGAGUUGAAGGUGGCGUGUGCCACUGGCGUGAAGCACGACAUCAAUACGGCUGAAGGUGCCCGUGCUCGUAACUCGAUGCACAACCGCGUGAAGAGCGACCUGUUCAUCCCCGCUGGUGGCCGUCCUAACACGAUUAACGAGAACAACUGGCAGGAGUAUCUUGAUGCGGACGGAAAGCCGUCGGCGGGUCUGAUCGUGGAGGGUGCCAACUUGUUCGUCACGCCCGAGGCGCGUCAGCUUCUGUUUGAUAACGCCGGUGUCGUGAUUGUCAAAGAUAGUUCGGCCAAUAAAUGCGGUGUGGUAUGCUCUUCGUACGAGAUUGUGGCUAGCAUGCUGCUGGACACUGACGAGUUCUUGGCUGUCAAGGACGAGUUGGUCAUGGAAGUGGUCGACAAGCUGCGUGCAUUGGCUCGUGUCGAGGCCCAGCUGCUCUUCCGUGAGUACAAGAAGGAUCCGUCGUCUGCCUUGCCGCCUGCCAGUGAGCGCAUUAGUCGCGCCAUCACGCGCGUGCACGACGCCGUCCUUGCUCACUUCGACGAUGUGUGCGACGAAGACCAGCAGAUGCUGUUUACGCUCAUCGAGGAGCACCUGCCGCCUAAGCUCCGCGAGCUGGCGCUUCACCGCGUGCACGAGAAUGUGCCACUUGCGUACACUCGCUCCAUUGUAGCAUCGAGCCUGGCAAGCAAGAUCGUGUAUCGUGAGGGUCUACAGUUCACGGAGGCUCUACCACAGGGCAACCUGGGCAAUUUGGCUCUGCAGUACCUCAAGCAGGAGAAGAAGGUACAGCGUCUUAUUGCGGACGUCCGCUCGUCGCAGCUGUCCAACAAGGAGGACAUUGCUGACCUUAUUGCUCGUGGUGGCGUUCGUGCCGGCAUGGAUACGCUCAACUAA